GUCGAGAGUCUUUAUUUUUCUUUGUAAUGUUGCAGGUAAUUCUGACGAAUGGGAAAGUGGGUUUUUUGACCGUGGGUCAUGGGAGGAAAUUAUGUCACCUUGGGCGCAAACUGUGGUGUGUGGACGUGCUCGUUUGGGUGGAAUCCCUGUUGGAGUGAUAGCUGUUGAGACUCGCACAGUAGAGCUUAAUCUGCCAGCUGACCCUGCUAAUCUUGAUUCAGAAGCAAAGACUGUAUCCCAAGCAGGUCAGGUGUGGUUUCCAGACUCGGCGUACAAAACUGCUCAAGCCAUUCUAGACUUCGGUCAUGAGGAUCUCCCUCUAAUCAUCUUUGCUAACUGGAGAGGGUUUUCAGGAGGAAUGAAGGGUAAGUCUGUGACACUGGUGUAA